AUGCCACGUUUCACGGAACUCCUGCAAGAAAACGCGGGCGCGAGCGCAUUCAGCACGAGCAAACCGCCUGUUGACAGAUCGGGAUCCGAUCCGCGGAUCGACCGUCUUAUGGCGCGGCUUCUGACGGCUGCUGCGGUGCUGGCGCUGGUGCAUACGUCCCUACUCUUUGUGCCGACGUUGAGGCCAGCGCGCGCCAUCCGCGCCGGAGCUGCGCUCGGCGCGCGCGGGGCGCCGAGCGGGGCGCCGCCGAGGGCCGAAGGGAGCAACGCUUAUGGCGCGGCGCAAGCGAGUCAGCCGCUGCUAUGCGCCCUCGCCCUUGUGCUGCCCGCCAUCCGUCGCGCGCGCACGGCGCGGACGGCGCGGACGGGGGCGCGGACGGUGCGCCGGGCCUGGCCCUGGGAGGAGGAGGACCCGUAUGCAAAGUGCACCGCCUUGAAGCUGCAGAUCGGCAUGCAGUUCUCCAAGAACAUGCUCACUACCCUGAACAAGCUGGCAGAUACCGCAGACACCUCUUCGGAUGCAGGGCUGCAUCAGCUGAUGCUGGACGUGGUGCUGGCCAUCAAGCGGGCGGAGACCUCCUGGCGCUACGCCAGCUGCGACUUCUUGCUGUUUGACGCGGAGGACGAGGGCCGCGCCGCAGGGGCCAAGCUGCAGCGCUGGGGGCUGGAGGCUCAGGAAAAAUGGGGCGAUGGAGACUGGGACAAGGAUAAGGGCGGAGGCGUGACCGAGUACCUGGUGGUCACGCUGAUGCUCAGCUGCUACGGCGCCAUCCUGGGGGAGGAGAAGGAGGCCAAGAUCCGGAGCAUGUCGGACGUGAAGCGUGUCCUGGGGUCUGUGAGCGAGGUGCAGGAGGACGAGCUGUUGCAACUGGACGUGCAGUGGAUCCCAGAGGAGGAGGGCGACUCGCUGUCCGCCAUGGAGGUGACAAUGAAGUUUCCGGAGCUGGUGAUGAUUUGAAGCCAGUGCUUGGUCGGGGCACGAAGCAGUGGGGAACGGGAUCGCACCCCCCCCACCCCAGACAAAAAAUCCUAUCAAGCUGGGGUUACGGAGCAUAUGAGCCGUGGCUCCUUUAGACAGAGGUUUAGUCCUGUUUUUGUGCGGGGCGCCCUGCAAGCUGCAAGACCCUAGGCGGCUGAGAAAA